GCAUGCUCCUGCAGCAAGGGGCGGGGCCACCCCAACGCCACUUCUGCGGCCAAAGUAGGUUGGGAGUGGAAGGUGGUGGCUGCUGCUCCGCAGUGUCGGGAAGAUGGCGCCGCCGGUGGCAGAGAGGGGGCUAAAGAGCGUCGUGUGGCAGAAGAUAAAAGCAACAGUGUUUGAUGACUGCAAGAAAGAAGGCGAAUGGAAGAUAAUGCUUUUAGAUGAAUUUACCACUAAGCUUUUGGCAUCGUGUUGCAAAAUGACAGAUCUUCUAGAAGAAGGUAUUACUGUUGUAGAGAAUAUUUAUAAGAAUCGUGAACCUGUCAGACAAAUGAAAGCUCUUUAUUUCAUCACUCCAACAUCAAAGUCUGUAGAUUGUUUCUUACAUGAUUUUGCAAGUAAAUCGGAGAACAAGUAUAAAGCAGCAUAUAUUUACUUCACUGACUUUUGCCCUGAUAAUCUCUUUAACAAAAUUAAGGCUUCUUGCUCCAAGUCAAUAAGAAGAUGUAAAGAAAUAAAUAUUUCCUUCAUUCCACAUGAAUCUCAGGUGUAUACUCUUGAUGUGCCAGAUGCAUUCUAUUACUGUUAUAGUCCAGACCCUGGUAAUGCAAAGGGAAAAGAUGGCAUUAUGGAAGCAAUGGCUGACCAGAUAGUUACAGUGUGUGCCACCUUGGAUGAAAAUCCCGGAGUAAGAUAUAAAAGUAAACCUCUAGAUAAUGCCAGUAAGCUUGCACAGCUUGUUGAAAAAAAGCUUGAAGACUACUACAAGAUUGAUGAAAAGAGCCUAAUAAAGGGUAAAACUCAUUCACAGCUCUUAAUAAUUGAUCGUGGCUUUGAUCCUGUGUCCACUGUCCUGCAUGAACUGACCUUUCAGGCAAUGGCAUAUGAUCUACUACCAAUUGAGAAUGAUACAUACAAAUAUAAAACAGAUGGAAAAGAAAAGGAGGCCGUCCUUGAAGAAGAAGAUGACCUCUGGGUUAGAAUUCGACAUCGACAUAUCGCGGUUGUGUUAGAGGAAAUUCCCAAGCUUAUGAAAGAAAUUUCAUCAACAAAGAAAGCAACAGAAGGAAAGAUAUCACUUGGUGCUCUUACCCAGCUGAUGAAAAAGAUGCCCCAUUUCCGAAAACAGAUUACCAAGCAAGUUGUCCAUCUUAACUUAGCAGAAGAUUGCAUGAAUAAGUUCAAGCUUAAUAUAGAAAAGCUCUGCAAAACUGAACAGGACCUGGCACUUGGAACUGAUGCAGAAGGACAGAAGGUGAAAGAUUCCAUGCGAGUACUCCUUCCAGUUCUACUCAACAAAAAUCAUGAUAACUGUGAUAAAAUAAGAGCAAUUCUACUUUAUAUCUUCAGUAUUAAUGGAACUACGGAAGAAAAUUUGGACAGGUUAAUCCAGAAUGUAAAGAUAGAAAAUGAGAGUGACAUGAUUCGUAACUGGAGUUACCUUGGUGUUCCCAUUGUUCCCCAAUCUCAACAAGGCAAACCGUUAAGGAAGGAUCGGUCUGCAGAAGAAACUUUUCAGCUCUCUCGAUGGACACCUUUUAUCAAAGAUGUUAUGGAGGAUGCUAUUGAUAAUAGAUUAGAUUCAAAAGAAUGGCCAUAUUGUUCCCAGUGUCCAGCAGUCUGGAAUGGUUCAGGAGCUGUAAGUGCUCGCCAGAAACCCAGAGCUAAUUAUUUAGAAGACCGAAAAAAUGGGUCAAAGCUGAUUGUUUUUGUAAUUGGAGGGAUUACAUACUCGGAAAUGCGUUGUGCUUAUGAAGUUUCUCAGGCACAUAAAUCCUGUGAAGUUAUUAUUGGUUCUACACAUAUUUUAACACCCAAAAAGCUGUUGGAUGAUAUAAAGAUGCUGAAUAAACCCAAGGAUAAAGUCUCCUUUAUUAAAGAUGAAUAGCGUUUAUUUUUGGAGGGUUUAAAGAUUCUUACUAAUAUGUUGAACUAAAAUAGAAAGAAAAUGUUGCUGUCAUGUAAUUUAAACAAUGUAAAUAUUUUAUGGAAUAAUGGCUUUUCAAAUACAUUUCUUAAGGAACUGUUUAUGGUUAUGUAUUACUGGAUUUGUCAUCUUUGAUAAUUUAAAUAUUGCUGCUGCUUUGUAGAUGAUGAGAAGAAAUGUUAAAAUGCUUUCUAAAAGGAAAUUUUUUCACCUUUGGAGGAGAAUAUAUUAGAGUUGUGGGUAAUUUUUCACAGCCACCUAUGUACAUACUAACUACCCAUUGGAUACUUAUAUCUAAAAGUCUCAUGCGGAAGUAUAGUUUUUGGGAAAGAAUGAUUUUAAAUAAAGAGAUUGUAAAAGUAAAAAACUGUAAAUUAUAUGUAUGAUAGAAUUGUUUCCUCUAAGUGUAGUUUUUCUUUCAACUAAAAUUCAGUUUGUUUUAUGUGUAAAAUAAUUCAGUCAUUAAUAGAAAUGGAGUGAUUUCACAGUGUAUACUAUUUUGCCACAUACUUGUAAAGAACACGAUUUUAUAUAAUUUUGAAAUCAUGUAUGUUUAAAUUAGAAAACCAAAAAUCAUGAACAUUCUAAGAGAAAAUGAAUAUAGAAUUUAAAAAAUUA